UCUCAAACUGAUAUAUAAUCAAAAAGCAAAUCUGAUUGUAGCGAUCAUUAAGUCAACUUCUGUUUCCACCAUUUGAAUUUGACAAAGAUGAAAACUGAAAAGUCACUUUCUUGCUACUUACGGUAGGUUUAGCGAACCAAUUACGUGUCAGCCAAAUAAGAACAAAUGAGCCGUACAUAAAAAGGCCCAAAAUUAAUAUUAAUAGAUCCAUAAAUAAUCAAUCAUACGAGCAAAUUAGUUUCGCGCUCUCCUUCUCUGUUUCUCAGACUCUCUCUCUCUCUCUAUUUCUCCAAGAACGCCACGAGUCCUGCUUCUUGCUCGGUGAAAGUUUCAGAAAAUGGAUGAUCUUCCCGGUUACUAUUGUGUCAUCGUCCAGGACUGCAUUGAAAAGAACAUGACCAAGGACGAAACUAUGAGAUUCGUAGAGAAUGAGUAUGUAAUCCCAAUUCAAGAUACCAACAGAGUUUGGGAUCAUCUUGAAAGGACGAAUCCAGAUUUAUUCAUAGCAUACAAUGCAAGGAUGCGUGAGCGCAAUGCAAGAGUACCUCAGCGCGUUGCGAAACCUUCUUCACCACCAGAGGUAACUUCCGCAAGGAGACGUAAAGUGCGUGGGACUAAGAAAGAAUACCGUCUAUCUCCUCCUCCUUAUUGUCGCCCUUUGUUGCCUGAUUUAAAUGUUCCUGUUGCAUCACCACAAGAAGCUGCUGCUUAUGCUAAUGCUGUUUUUCCUCCAACUCAAGCGAGACCUUCCAGAGCUGCUAAUGCUAAUGCUUAUCCCAACGACUUUUGGCAGCGGGUUAUGAAUACCUUGGGACAGAUUCAGAGUAAUACACAGCAUCUGGAUACUUUAAGUCACAUUCAGAGUAAUACAGAGCAGGUGGUCAAACUACUGACCGGUGGUGGACAUGGAUUUGGACCACAUCCUUCUGCUGCCGGAUCCUUAAAGAGACAGCGAGCUGAGGAGGCAAAAGAGAGAGGUAAAAACGAAGAAGCAGAGAAGCAGCAGCAGAAAGAGGAAGGUAACGGUGAAGAACUGCAGGAGAAAGAGGAAGGUAACGAUGAGGAACUGCAGAAGAAUGAGGGAUGUGACAAUGUAUAAGCAGAGAAGCUGCAAGAUCAGAAUCUACAAAUGCCACAAUAAUCGCAUGGACGGUUCUUACUUAUUACAUUAGCAUAGUUUUCUAUUACCAGAGGACACAUACAUGUUGGUAUGAUUGCUUAUGUUCUCAUUGUCAUUCUAGACGCACUUUAAAAAACAUUGGGGAGCAAAAUUUUUCAGUUUACUUGUUGGGCUC